AUGAAUACGACCGAACAGGAAGGAUAUAUAACCCGACUAGAAGGGCCCCGGGAAUGUCGCUAUCCCUUAGGCAACGAUAGUUCAUACACCCUCACUCUUCCCAAUGGCUGCAAGUUGGGCUACGCACAGUACGGCUCACCUACUGGCCAUGCCAUCUUCUACCACCACGGACUUCCAGGAACCCGCCUCGAAGCAGCUGUCUACCACGAUCUUGGCCUCGAGCUGGGUUUAAGGAUAAUAGCAGUUGAUAGACCUGGUAUCGGCUUGAGCACACCAUAUCCUCAACGAACAUUACUAGACUGCCCAAAGGAUCUAGAAAGUCUGGUCGAACAUCUGAGGCUCGAGAGCUAUUCAAUACUAGGAGUGUCGGGAGGCGGCCCAUACGUGUUGGCUUGCGCAGCAUCACUGCCUUCUUCGAAGCUGAAAUGCAUAUCUGUCGUUUGCGGACUCGGUCCACCAGACAUUGGCAUGAAAGGAGCGGACUUCAUGCACCAGCUUGGCUUUCCAUAUGGAUGGAAGUACGCUCCCAUAUCCCUCUUAAAAUGGUUCUUCAGCCGCGAUGCUUUCGGACGAAUGGACUUGACCGACGAGCAGCGUCUUCAGCGUGCGCUGUCUCCCUCAAACCUCGCUACUUUCAAACAUCCAAGGGAUCGCGAGUUUAUGGGGGAUGAAGACUUCAUUCGCCUAGUAUUGCGAUCAACCCGCGAAGCGAGAGCGCAAGGUUUCGAUGGCAUAGCUUUGGAUGGGAAAGUGAUGUGCCGGGACUGGGGAUUCCGGGUUGAGGAUAUCCAGAAACACUUGCCGGUGCAGUUAUGGUACGGCAAGGACGACUGGUUCGUGCCUGCCAAUCAUGGUGUACAGAUUGCAGAGAGGCUAGGCGGUGAUGAUGGAAGGGUAAUCCUGAGAGUGGAGAAUGAUACACAUGCUAGUAUAUCGCAAAGAUGGAAGAGAGAGCAGCUUGAGGCGAUUCUUGCGGUAAUGCAAGAGUAG